CCCGCGAUGCACGGCAGGAGCGGAAGUGGCGCGGCUGUCGCGCUGGUCGGCGCUUCCCCUCCUCUCCCGAUAGAGAGAUGAGAGGGAGGAAUAAACGUAAAGAGAGGUAAAGAGGCAGACGAUGGAAAACGGGCGGCGUUGGGGAGCGCCAGUCGAGUUUCGCUCCGAGCUCAGCAUCUGUGCCAGUCGUGGCUCUGCUCGGCGCCGAGGAAGGUCAUGGAGCGACGUCUUCUUUAGAUGCGGUGAUGCGCCGAGCAGAAUGUCGUGCUGCUAUGAGACGGGGCGAAUAAGAUAAGACUACGAAGAUGUAUUCGUCAGUCAAGAGCGUUAGAAAACGCUGGAUUAUCGCCGUAUUUUCCGUAGAGACGCUAGAAACCUGAACUUCGCAUGUGCGACUGGUUGUAGAAUCCCUGUAGGGCCAGAGAGUUUGACAACGUCAAAACAGCAUUAGCGUGAUUGAUGAGCAUAAGCAAUGACAAUCGUUGGACCCGGAAACAUCUCCGAAUAUCGGGAUUCAUCUGCUGGAUUGACGGAAAUGACAACGCGACGAAAUAACAUUUAGAAAAAAAAAAAAACGAGUUUCGUUACUGCAACUGGACAUGCCGUUGACACGUGAAUGUUCUGGACAGUUGUUUCAGCUGCUUUGCUGCUGUUUACUUCUAGCCCUAGGAACCGGAGAGGCGUCGUCGUUCACGGUGACGCGGAAGCAGACGACGCUGACUGAUGGAGCAGACGGUGUCGAGACUGGUGACGUCAGUAGCUACGAAACGACGGCAGAUGGACCGGCUGGUCAGCGUCAAGACGGGGAGAAAAGAAACGGGCCACCAUCGUCGGAACGAAGCGGCGAUUUUGAGAAACUGGAGAAGCGGUUACCGAGAGCCCUCAUUAUCGGUGUUAAGAAAGCCGGUACGCGAGCGCUGCUGGAGUUCCUGAGGUUGCAUCCGGACGUCAGAGCUACGGGUCCCGAAACCCAUUUCUUCGAUCGCCACUACAACAAGGGCAUCGAGUGGUACAGGCUCCAGAUGCCGCUGACACUACCGGAGCAGAUCACCAUGGAGAAGACGCCCAGCUAUUUCGUCACCGAAGAGGUGCCGGCGCGCAUUCGAAGCACCCUGCCCGAUGCUCGUCUCUUGGUCGUCGUUCGCGACCCGGUCACCCGGGCCCUCUCCGACUACGCCCAGACGGCAUCCAAGCGUCCCGACACCACGCUGCCAUUCGAAGUGCUAGCGUUUCGUAGGCGCAGGCGGAGGAGAGACGGCGACUCCACUUCAAACACUGGCCACCAUCCCCUUCACAGAAGGCGAACCCGGGGACGAAACGGCUCUUCGAGCCCCGGAAGAACCUGGACUUCUGGAGGUUCCGGCAAAGUUUCGGCAGCACCUCGCUACAACACACGCGAUAGCGUUCGAAGAACCUUCGUCGAUAGGCCGAAUGACCGCGAAGAUCACCAAAGGAGACAUUUACCUCAUGGCAAGGAAUAUAAGUACAGUGAGAAAGCCGUUGAAGAUCGCCAAGUCACUGUCAGUAACGAAGAGGCUCUUCACAACGAAGAAGACAACUUUAUAUCAUACAGGCGAAGUGUAAUACCUAAUGGUAUGUACGCAACUCGAAAUAUGACGAAAUAUGGUGAAGACUGGGUGAGCCAAAACCAUCGGUAUAAAGAAGGUAACGGUGACAACGCCAUUCCCAAAGACGUUCCUUACGUUAUUAUUAAGAAGAAAAGUACAUCUGUAUCAUCGAAGGACCUACGGACUGAAGCAAGAAGUGACGACAACAAGAUGACCAACCAAGAGGACCUCAUUUAUAAGGCCACCAACAGGGACUGCGGUCCGGUCGGUCGCAGUAACAAUAACGGCACGUGCUGGAACGCAAGCAACGACGUCGACGAGGCGUGGUCUGGCAUACGCAUCGGCCUGUACGCUAACCACCUCGCUCACUGGCUCAGGCACUUCCCCCAGUCCCAGAUUCACGUCGUCAGCGGCGAGGAGCUGGUCAGGAACCCGGCCCGAGAGAUGGCCAUGGUCCAGGACUUCCUGGGCCUCAGGCGGCUGGUGUCCGAGGACCAUUUCUACUUCAACCGAACCAAGGGGUUUCCCUGCCUCAAGAAAAGCGAAGGUAGCGGCAGCCCCCACUGCCUCGGCAAAACCAAGGGCCGCACCCACCCGCGGCUCAGCGAGGAGAACGUGCGCAGGCUGAGGAAGUUCUUCGAGCCGCACAACGUGAAGUUUUACAAACUUGUGGGACGUGACUUUGGGUGGGAACGCGCGAGGUGAGCGUCGAGGAUACUAGAUGGUAGUUGUUUAAAAAAGAAUGAAACAUUGAGGAGUGAUGUUCUCAGCGUCCGCCCGUGCGCUCCAGCCAAUCCUAAUAUAGGCUUCUGUGGAUACAAAGAUAAGACUUGCUCCGCUUCGUGAUCCUAUCUUAUCUCUUCGUGCUCCAAAGAUAUUACUUGGGGAGUUUCAGGAUUACCAAAACUGCCCCUGGUGCAUUUCACGUCUCCCGCUGUUCUUCUGGCAAGGCAACAACGUGAUCUAUAAGUGUUUCAGACAGGGUGAAAUGAGGACGACAUACAUAGCGUUGUUUGAAACGCUGUUCGAUUUUUUUAUAAUAAUGUUCAAGCCAGACUAGUCGAGCACACUUCAGCCGGGCAACAACAUGGAUUGCAUGCGCAAACACUGCUGACAGGAUACGUGAUGCUACGGAGAAGUCGCGAGUAAAUGCAGCAGCCAAAACAAAGCUUGCCGUAACACCAAAGCAUCAGAUGAAGGCUACGCCUGUCACUGCCAACAUAUCAUGUGCUCUAUGCGUCGGCACAUUGUGACAGAGCCGUACAGUAAAGGUACUUGACUGACUUUGUUGAACAUACAAGGAUUAUUCAAAACUCUAUAGAACACGCGCCAGUUCGCUCAUUCAGAACUACCCUCCAUACUAUGCUACAUCAGCGAAUGUCCCGCUGUAGGCAAUGUGGUA